AUGUCCAAUAAAGCGACCCUUAAACAGAUCCGACAGAUCACCGCGUUCGAGGAUAUCAGCAAUGCCAUCUCUCAGGUCUUUCAAGAUGCUCAAAUGAGUCUUUCGAGUCACCGCAAAUUGGUGAUUGUAUUAAAACACAUUUACGAAAGAGCAAUUGAGCUUGAAUUCGAGGAUGGGUUCUUGUUACGGCUCACCAAGAUGGUCAAUAAGAUCCUUCCUUUGAAAAAAGGUGAACAAGUCGGUGACCGCAUUGCCAAAUUCUGCUCAUUAUUUGUCUCCACAUUAUUCAAAGACGAGGAAAAGAACGACGAAAAUGAAGAAGAAAAUGAAGAAGACAGUCCAGCAAACAGAGUAGCCGAAUAUCUUUUGCGUCACUUGUUGCGUGGGCUGCAGGCGAAAGACAAAAACGUAAGAUACCGUGUUGUUCAAUUGAUUGCGUACUUGGUGAUAUUUGUUGGUGAGAUUGAUAUCGAGCUCUUCAAAGCUUUGCGAUGGUCUUUGAACCGUAGACUCUACGACAAAGAACCGACAAUCCGUAUACAAGCUGUUGUUGCUAUGUCUCGCUUCCAAGAAUUAGUCAUUCCAGGCGAAGAACAUGUUGAAGGGCAUAAUAUGUCGACCCAGAAGCUCAUAGAGGCAAUUCAAAAUGAUGACAGCGCAGAAGUCAGACGCUCAGCGCUUUUGAAUUUGCUCAAAACUCCAAAAACUAUACCUUAUUUGAUCGAGCGGGCUCGUGACGUAAACGCCAUAAAUAGGCGGUUGGUGUACUCUAGAAUUGCCAAAGAAUUGGGAGACUUUCGAAAUAUUGACUUCGAGUUACGUGAGGAGCUUUUGAAGUGGGGUUUGAAUGAUAGAGAUGAUAACGUAAAGAAAGCUGCCUCGAAAAUGGUCAUCGAUCAUUGGUUCACCACUGUCAAUUCUGAUAUCAUAUCGUUGAUCGAGAAUUUGAAGGUGUUGGAUAGCUCGAUGGCAGAAACAGCUAUGAAGAUCUUUUUCAAAUCUCGUGAUGAAGAUUUGAACUCAAUUGACUUGCCCAGCUCCAUGUGGAAGGAACUCACCACCGAGACUGCGUUUCUCUUGCGCACAUUCUAUGACUACUGCAAUUCAAAUGGCCAUAUCACCCUAAUUGACGACCGCUUUCCUGAGCCUGUUGAGAUUGCCGAAACUUUGGAAAAAUACUUGAAGCUUCGAAUGCGCAUGCUCGACGAAAAUCGUGAACUUAUAGAAAAGUACAAACGAUCCGAGAAAUCACAGAGACGGAUCGCAGCCCAGUUGGAUCUCUUGGCGCCAGAAAUUGUCGAAGCACAAGAACAAGUCAAUGAGGAAAAGAGCAAACGUGCCCAGCAGAAGUUACAGAAAUUAACCAAAGAUGCAUCAGCAUUGGAAGAAGAAUUGAGAGCAGAAGUGAUGAAAGCGAAGGAGUUCGAGACUGAUUAUAACGAGUUUUCGGAUGUGUUUGCUGACUUGGAGUUUGUGAUCAAGCAAUUACUUCUUAUCGCAAAAGAUUACGAUUUCAGCGAUGAAAUUGGAAGAAGAAGAAUGCUACAGAUCGUGCGUAGCUCUUUGGCCGACGACAACUUAUCGAGCAAGUUGCUUGAGCUGUCAUUGCAGGUUCUUCGUAAGAUUUCCAUUAGUGAGCGUGACUUUUCAUCCAUGUGUGCCGAGAUCAUCAAUGACUUGCAAGAUUCAUAUCAGACUUCCAUCGAGGACACAAUUAUAGGCCAGAUGGAAAAUGACAGCGAGGACUCAGAUGAAGAAGGUGCAAAUGAAGAAGAAUCUAGUCCCGAUUCUAAUCAAAAGCGCAGAAGAGUCGAGCCUAAACAAGCACCAGAUGAGCUCACCAUUCAGUGCUUACGGCUUUUGCAGCAGGUUCUCGAGCUUGUACAAGAACCCUUGAGUAGCAAUUACGCCUUGGAGUCUCUUAUUCAGAGCUUGGUAAAGCCCGCGCUUGACAGAUGGGAUCACAUUCAAAUUAGAGCCCUUGGAAUGAAGUGUAUGGGCUUGUUCUGCCUUUUAGACCAGCAAUUGGCGAGUAGUUACCUAGUGGUGAUAGGAAAGGCUGCAGCUAAUACGCAAGGUGAAUUGAGAGUCAUUUGCAUCAAAGCCAUCGUUGACAUUCUUUCAGUACAUGGAUUGAGUGUGGUUGGUAGAGGAAAGGAAGUUGAUUCGCUUUCUUUGUCUCGGCUCUUUUCCAAGAUCUUACGACUGUACGAUGACCAUGAAGCACAAGCUGUGGUAGCUGAGGGUUUGUGUAAACUCUUCUUGGCAGACAUCCUCAAUAAUUUUGGAAAUGACGAGAAAGAAGACCCUAAACCUGAAGACAAUGAAGAGCAAAAGCUCUUGACUGCAUUAAUAUUGUCGUAUUUCCAUCCUUACAACUCGGACAACCAUGCAUUGAAGCAAACUUUGGCAUUUUGCAUUCCGGUUUAUGCUUUCAGUCACCCGUCUCAUCAAUUCAAACUUGCUAAGGUGAGUGGUGAUUGUUUUUUCCGUAUGUUCCGAGUAGAUGGUGGAUAUACUCGGUUCGACAACUUUACGACAGCCAAUGCAGUCAUGCAACAAAUUGUUCAUUGGUGUGAUCCAAAUAAUUUGGUAAAUUUGUCAGAGGAGGACAUCCUGAAGACCCCAUCUCAUGUAUGGCAAGCAGUGUCUAUGCUCCAGGCACUUGAACAAGAUACCCCAAGAAGUGUCAAGAAGACCAUCAUCACUUACUUGAACAAACUCUACAUAACAGAGAAGUUGGGAUCUACGGUGCUUAGAGCACUUCAAACCAGUCUCAACGAUACAAAGGCGUACUUUGAGACAUGCCAAAACGAGCCGGAAUUUACCAUGGAUGCAUCCACGGAGAAGAUGUGGGCCAAGUUUGAAGCAAAUGUUCAGGCAAUGAUAACUAAAGCCGACGAAGAGGAAGAAACCAGUAUGAAAUUCCAGAGUUCUAGGACAGGAAGUAUUAGCGAGUCGGCUGCCAGUCAAACCACUAGCCGUCGCGGAAGCCAAGCGCCGAGUGCCGUCAGUAGCCGAAGCGCUAGCAGGAAUGCCAGUAGAGCUGCCAGUAGAAAUUCUAGCAGGAAUACUAGCAGAAGACCUAGUAUGGCUGAUGAGGAGGAUAACGUUUUUGGUGGAUCGAACAAAGACGAAGAACUUGCAGAAAUCGAUAAGAUGUUAGAACAAGAAGAACUGGUGGAUUACGAUAUCUGA